GGUUUUCAUUCAACAGUUCACGAUCUCAGCAGCGCAUCAUCGUCAGGGCAGCAUCCAGCGUCAACCUCGGACAGCAGUCACCCUUUAGCGUUGGGCGGGGCGCCUCCACUGACGGCUGGAGGCACCCAGACGUCCGCGCUGACAGCCGUCAGUAGCCCUUCUGGAAGCUCGUCGGCAGGUGGGCAAAGGCUAGAUUCAACGCCACAUUCGGUGGAUACUCCAAAUCAGUUGCUCAAUACACAGCAGACCAGCGUUGAUAAUAUUUCUGAUGCUGGGCUGGAGAAGUGGGGAGGAGGAAGGAGGAAUGGGGAGAUGGAGUCAGUAUAA